AUGGUACAACGCCAACAUCUCCAUACCGGGUUGCGACAAGAACAUGCCAGGCGUUAUUAUGGCAAUGGGCCGCGUGAACAGACCCUCGAUAAUGGUCUACGGCGAUUCAAUAGCACUGGGAUGCAACCGAACCCAAAACACGCCGACAUCGACAUCGUUUCCGCCUUCCAGACCUAUGGUCAAUUCAUCACGGGCGAGAUCAACGAGGAACAACGCUUCGACAUCAUCCGCCACGCGUGCCCAGGCUCCGGUGCUUGCGGCGGCAUGUACACCGCCAACACGAUGGCAUCAGCUAUCGAGACGUUGGGCAUGACACUCCCCCGCAGCUCGUCGAACCCAGCCGUGUCCAAAGCCAAACAACUGGAGUGCUUGGCUGCAGGCGGUGCAAUCAAGAACGCGCUCAAACUCGACCUCGGACCUCUCGGCAUCAUGACCCGCGAAGCCUUCAUGGACGCCAUGGUGGUGCGAGUUACCGACAGGACACCGUUCCUCUCCGACCUGAAGUCAUCGGGGAAGUAUGUCUUCAAUGGCCUCCACAACAUCGGCGGCAUCCCCACGCUCCUCAAGUUCCUGAUCAAAGAAGGCGUGGUCAAGCACCAUCAUCAAGCCAUUCUCCCAGCCGAUCAAGGAGACAGGCCACAUCCAGAUCCUGCGCGGCAGCCUCGCGCCGAGAGGCUGCGUGGGCAAGAUCACGGGCAAGGAAUGUUUACGGUUCGUCGGCAAGGCCAAGGCCUACGACGCGGAGGAUUUGUUUAUGAGGCACUCGAGCGCGGCGAGAUCAAAAAGGGCGAGAAGACGGUCGUCGUGAUCCGGUUCGAGGGUCCCAAAGGCGGGCCAGGCAUGCCGGAGAUGUUGAAGCCCAGCUCCGCCAUCAUGGGGCCGGGCUAG